UCAGCCCUCAGGGUCAAAUAUCAGUACACUCCCGGCACAUUAGGCGCGGAAGCCAACCAACCAUGAGCGUCCUUCAUCUGCUCCUUUUCUUGCUUCUUCAUGUCCUUCCCCUCGCAUCUCCGGCCGUCGACGCCGACCAGUUCACGUUCGAUGGCUUCGCCGGCGCGAACCUCUCGCUCGACGGCACGGCCACGGUCACCCCAGACGGCCUCCUCAUGCUCACCAACGGCACGACUCAGCUAAAAGGACACGCCUUCUACCCUGUCCCCGUGCGGUUCCACGAGGCCGCCAACGGCAACGCCUCCUCGCGCUCCUUCUCGACAGCCUUCGUGUUCGGCAUCGUCAGCGAGUACGACGACUUCAGCAGCCCCGGCCUGGCCUUCGUCGUCUCCAAGAGCAAAAACUUCUCCACGGCGCUUCAGAGCCAGUACAUGGGCCUGGCCAACGCGGCCAACAACGGCAACUCCAGCAACCACUUCCUGGCCGUCGAGCUCGACACCAUCGUCAACGCCGAGUUCGGGGACAUGAGCAACAACCACGUCGGGGUCGACGUCGACGGCCUCUCAUCCAUCGUCGCCGACAACGCGGGGUACUACGAGGACGGCACAGGCGCGUUCAUCAACAUGAGCCUGUUGAACCGCACGGCUGCGCAGGUGUGGGUGGACUUCGACGCCCGCACCUCUCUCGUCAGCGUCACCAUGGCACCCCUUGAGCUGCCCAAGCCCAAGAAGCCUCUGCUCUCCGCCACCGUGAACCUCUCGUCGGUGAUCCAGGACAAAGCCUACGUUGGCUUCUCGUCAUCCACCGGCGUCGUGUCGAGCCGCCACUACGUGCUUGCCUGGAGCUUCAAGAUGGAUGGUGGACAAGCCCCGCCGCUAAACAUACAGAAGCUGCCGGCCCUGCCGUUCACGACCCCCAAGCGCCGGUCGAAGACGCUGUAUAUCUUGUUGCCGAUAGCAUCGGCAGCGUUGGUGUUAGCACUGGCCAUCGCCGUCGUCCUAAUUGAUCGGAGGCGGCGCAGGUAUGCGGAGGUAAAAGAGGACUGGGAGACGGAGUUCGGUCCGCACCGUUUCUCGUACAAGGAUUUGUUCCACGCCACCAAGGGGUUCUCCGACGAGCGGCUGCUUGGCAUCGGCGGGUUCGGGAGGGUGUACAAGGGCGUGCUUCCGACGUCCGGGGCGGAGGUUGCAGUGAAGAAGGUGUCGCACGAAUCGAGGCAAGGAAUGAAGGAGUUCAUCUCCGAGGUGGUCAGUAUCGGCCAGAUUCGGCACCGGAACCUCGUCCGGUUGCUCGGAUACUGCCGGCGGAAGCGCGAGCUCCUGCUAGUCUACGACUACAUGCCAAAUGGCAGUCUCGACAAGCUUCUGCACGACCACAACACGAUGGUCUUGAGCUGGAGCCAGAGGUUGGGGAUCAUCAACGACGUCGCCUCCAGCAUACUGUACCUCCACGAGGACUGGGAGAAGGUGGUUCUGCAUCGCGACGUCAAGGCGAGCAACGUGCUCCUGGAUGCCGACAUGAACGGGCGGCUAGGCGACUUCGGCCUCGCGAGGCUCUACGAUCACGGCACCGACCCGCACACCACGCACGUGGUGGGCACCAUGGGCUACCUAGCCCCGGAGCUCGGGCACACCGGCAGGGCCUCCAAGGCGUCCGACAUCUUCGCCUUCGGCGUGUUCAUGCUGGAGGUCGCGUGCGGGCGGCGGCCCGUCUCCCAGGACGAGCACGGCGACCACCUCCUGCUGGCGGACAGGGUGAUCGAGCACUGGCGCGAAGGAGCGAUCACCGACGCCGUGGACCCGCGACUCCGGGGCGACUUCCCUGCCGAAGAAGCGAGCUUCGUUCUGAAGCUGUGCUUGCUGUGCUCGCACCCUCUGCCCAGCGCGCGCCCGGGCAUUCGGCAGAUCAUGCAGUUCCUGAGCGGUGACACGCGGCUCCCGGAGGUGUCGGUAGAGCACGUAAGUGUCGACGUGCUAGCGCUCAGGCAAAACCAGGUGGUUCACUCGCACUCUUCUUUGCCGUCCACGGAAGCCGGUAAUAUUUCUGAUGUUCCUGCAGCGAGGUAGUAAUAAACACAAGAUAAGCGAGCGACUAGAUGUCAAUCGACUGAAUAUAGUAAUAUUUUAGUCAGUCAGUUUUGCAUGUUUAC